AUGAACUUUCCCGUGCCAUGGCGAUGUCUCCUCCCUCAUGAGGCGGUUGACUUUGUCACCUACAACAAUCAUGAGAUCCUCACGGAUUUGUCAAACAAGACUGGUGCCAUGAUUGAUGUCUCUGGUGAUCGCGACACGCCAAAACGACUCAGUGACCGAAUCAUUACCAUCAGCGGACAGGCGAAUCAGAAAGAAGGUGCCUGUUUGGGGAUCGUGGAGAAGCUACGCAAGCUGCAGGAUCUUUUGGACAGCGAAGUGGGCUUCUUUGUCAUCAUCGUUCCCGCAACGGCCAUUCCAGUGAUUGUUGGGAUCAAAGGUGCAACGAUUGCGGAGGUGCUUGCAGGGACGGGAGUUGAGGUCAGCAUUGGUAAGGAAAAUGUGAUGGGGAUGCCGGACACUCCAAUAGGCUUGGAGGGCACGGCUUCCCAGGUUACCACUGCAGUUGCCAACAUCCACAAAGUAAUCCAGGACAUGGCAGACCGUGGAAGGCUCCUUCCUGCAGAUUUCAAGUAUCGUCCAGACAAGGCAGCAGCCCAACUGGCUGCCGGAGCAGGUGCACAUCUGCCGGAGGUGCACUUGCCGCCAGCAGAUCAUGACCUCUUCUAUGGCAUGGACCCCACGCAGAACUUUAGAACAAAGGCCAAGAUUGUCGUUGACACUGGCCUGGCAGGCGGUGCAAAGGAAUCUGCGACGAAUUCCGCCAGGUCUGCUGAUAGUGCCUCAUUUCUACCCAGUUUGCGCUGGACGUGUGGUGAAGCGUCGGGACUUCAUUUCGAGGGUGGUGGAAUGGGGGCCCAGUCGGAUCGUGAUGGAUUAAGCUCCACAAUCUUCCCUUGCGGCUUUCAGUCCAUUCCUUUGGAGAUUGCAGAAAUGUCAGAUGUAUUCUUGUUCAACUGCAAAGAGCUAAUCACAGACUCAGGAGGGGCAGGGCGCUUCCGAGGAGGUUUGGGUGUUAGAUGGGAGCUCAUAGCACGACAGAAGACCCAUGCAGCUGCGAUUCAGGGAAGUGACCCCAGUGGUCCGCUUGGAAGAGAGGGCGGAUGUGCUGGCAGACCUUUCUUCAUGCAAAUCAAGCGGAAACAGGAGACGUGCUUUUGCUAG